AUGACGUGGACGCCGGCCACGCAGACGCAGUACUUGCCGCCCGUCGCGGGUUUCACUCUCCGACCGACACCCGCGCUGCGUGUGCCGCGCCCCGGACUUGUCCUCCGAGACGACGAUGACGACGACGACGACGAAGAUGAUGAUGAUCGUGCCGGAAAAAUCACACACGGCACGGCCACCACAACGGCGGGAACGGCGGCCCGAAGCAGUGGCUCGAGUACAAGUACGCCAAGGCCGUCUAAUACGUGCGGCUGGGACAAGAAUGGAGGUGGUUUCUAUGCAUGUAGCGAUUCGAGAUCCUCAUGCCAGUACACAAACGGCGUCGUGGGGUGCUGUUCGGGGGAUAACUGUAGAAAGAUACCCAAGCAGUGCGUGGCGCAGACCAAGGAAUGUGACUCCGACGACAAUGGCGGCACGUUGUGCUGCCACCAUUCUUCGGCCCCGGCAUGUUAUACGUGGCUCAUCUCGACAUCCACCGCCGGCAAGCAGGAGACGUACUCGCUCCUCGGCUGCACCGACAAGCCCGGCACUGGCACGCUUCUCCCCACCGAUCCGGCCAGCAGCAGCAGUAGCAGUAGCGGUGGUGGCGGCAAGACCAACAUCGGCGCCAUUGUCGGCGGCGUCAUUGGCGGUAUCCUGGCGCUGCUCGGCAUCGCGCUGUUUGCGUGGUACUUUAUGAGGCAACGACGACGCGGGCGGCAAGAGCACCAGGCUGCUGCUGCUGCUGCACUCAGCAGACAGCAGCGCGAGUCGGGCGCGUCGUGGACAGAGGAAGGCAGCGAGAAGCACCAGCAGACGGCAAUGUAUGCCAACAGCGUGCCGCGACGAAAGGAAGUGCCAGGUACUGGCGAGGCCGCCCUGGCAGCCGGUGCGUGCGCCAGUCCGGCGACGACCAUGACGACGACGACGGAUCGCGCGGGCACGAGCUCUCCGAGCGAGCGGCACCUGGCGUACUCGGUGUCGAGCGCCAGCCAGACGGGCAGUAGCAGCUUCGGGACCGCGGGCGUGGUGUCGAAUCUGUCGACUGUGCCGCCGCCGCUGGAAGGUGUCGUGGAAGCGCCGGAUACGGGCCUGCCGCCGCAGGAGAGCGGCGCGCCGGUGGAGGCUGCGUCAUGA